UCAAAUAUCCACAAUUUAUUACCUAUAAUGAAAAAUUCUUUAAAAACUACUGAAAUAGUAUGUACGUGUCCUGUAAGAACCACAACAACACACCAUGCACAUUUCUUGCAAUAUGGAAAAAUUAAGUCACCAAUUAUAGCCAAGAUGCAGAGACCUUCUGAUAUAGAACUAAUAAGCGGUCACAUUGGAAAUAACCUACAAUUGAAUAAUCAACAAAUGAAAAGUAAAGUAUGGCCAGAGGUGAUGCUAUACGCCGAGAAUUAUGAAGAUUUUCUAAAACGAUUGAAAUAUUGCAAAAAUGAUUUAUUUGAGCUUUAUUUUAAAUGUCCCACAACCGACAAGAAAAUAAUUGAUAGAAUGUUUAAAAAUUUAAACAAAACUACCUAUCAACAGGUAUUCUCUACGGAAAUCUUCACUCCUUGCACCGAAAAGAGACGAUUCGCUAAAUUAGAAAGUCAACCAGUUCGUAUGAAAUAUGAAGAGACAACAUAUCGUACUUAUUUCAGUCGCAUUAAAGAAUUGGAACGUUUUAAAGAAAUACUGCAAGGUGUGGCAAUUAAGGAAAGUAAAGAUGAGCUAAAAAAUGAUUUGAAGAAAAUUCAACAUUAUGGUCGAACUACAUACCAAGAUGAAAUAUCAGUAUUGGGUAGACUGUUUGCUAAGUCGACAUUGUCUGGGCCCAUUGAUCGUUAUACUUUGAGAAAGAUUUAAUGUGAAAAUACUUACACUUUUUCCCAUUCAUGGAAUAAUGGUAAAAUUUUUGUUGUAUGUGGAACUGGCAUAAAAAUCAUUGAGUAUUUUAGAAAAAUAUUAGUGUC